CUUACAUAUGCCGUCUACAGUGUUCAUUCAGUGGUAAGCUGUACAAGGGGUCCGACCAGGAACGUUAUCAUGGCGCAUUACAUCAUCAGGAGAGUUACUGGUGCCCAAGGACAACUUCUAUUUAAAGGCAUUCCAUUUGGGUAUUUUGAUCGAUCAGGUCACAUACCUAUAUGGAACGUAAUCAACAUAAUGAGGGAUACCUUCAACUGUGUGUACAACCAUGGCUACAUCGAUCAUGCUCGACUCACGGAGAAUAAAACACUUUUUGCUGUCAGAUUGAGGUAUUUGGCAACGGAAGAUUUCCACGCCAAGGCAGCCAUUUUUUAUCCGAUAUCCUUUGAUUGCAAAACAGUUUUGAAAUCAGUUGGGCAAUCUUCGUUUGUAGACUCGGUUAAUAUGACUGAAAAAGAAACAGGAACGGUCUUUGCAAAACUGAUGUGUAAGUUUAUUCCUAUAUGCAACGAUACCAAGAAACCAGUCCCUUUACCAGAUUGGUUUGUGGGAAAAUUCUCCAUACACAACGCGGAUCAGGAUGUAGACAAGUUAGGCAAAGAAUCACCUAUGAUUGUACCCAAGCAGGUGUUCUCACACAAACUACAAACCCGUCAUGGUGACCUUGACACCAAUGGUCACAUUCCCACCCAGGAGUACUUCCGGUUCUGUAUGGAAGGCGCGAUGGAAGCUUCCAAAUCGGGGUUUUAUCGCCAAUUCGUGUCUGAAAUUUGGCUGUUUCCUGUUUUGGAAGCGGAUGUAACACUACUGGGUCAAAGCUUUGAGAAAACGGAGUUGACGAUCUUCACAUGGCAAUGUGAAAGUAACGCAGCAAAAAUUUAUUUUGUUAUUAUGGGAGGAAAUGACAGGAUAUCCGAGUGUUCAUUCUUGUUCGGCGAAGAAAAGUUGAAACCAAUAUCAUUUAAACUGUAAAUGAUUUCGUCAUUGCCUAGCAAAGCUAACAGUAUGUUUCAUGCUUAGAAUAGAAAGAGACGUCAGAUGCACAUAUAAAUGUACUUUUUUGACAUUGAUUCGCGAAUCAUUUCUCUACUUACUGUACAUAUUUUUUCCUACCAACAUUGACAUUUUAAUCUUAUCAAUGUACAUGUUUUAUGUGAUGUUCACUGAGUGAACAAAAGUCGUUUUGUGGUUAUGACGGUGGGUGAUGUGCUAUUGAAUGAUAAAAUUACGUUCAUAUCUGAAAACCAAAUCACGUUUUUGUACAAGCUUCAUAUUAAAAUUAAUACUUCUCUUGUUAGAUGCUUUAUUAUAUACAAAUAAUCACAGUUAUAUAUCUAAAAUAAGUAGUAUGUGUUGAUACGACACAUAUUUUUAGUUAUAAUUGGUUGAUAAGUGUUUAAAUACAUAGGAAAUGACUCCCACAUUUAAGUAGAUUGCAUCUAAUGCUUUAACUGGACAUAAUGAUCCUAAAUCUCUAUUCAUUUGCUAAGAUCCUCCGAUUUUAUGUGAUAAUUGUCUAUCAACAUACCUGGACAACCGAGCUUAAAUGUUUUACCAAAACUACUGACAGGCUUGAGGUUUUCAUAUCGCACUAAAUUUAAAGAACUUUGCGUAUGAAUAUGUAAAUAAAAUUUGGCAUAGUGUUUUAAAUAUAUGGUUAUAGAUUAUUUUGGAAUAAACACGAUAAAGGCAGAAUGUAGACAAUUCGACGGAGACAAACUGUGCCCCUCUUGUGACGCACCUGUUUUUUAAUAUAAGGCUGCUUUUAUUAAGGAGCUUUUUGACUGGUCAUGAAAACCUUGUCAAAUCAUUUCUGUUUAAUACCAGCAUUUACGCAAUGUAUAAAAUUACGGCUGGUGGUAGACUCGUGAGAUUCUGUUUGAAAAGACAUAUUAUAUGGUGUUUUGCUGUAUUCACUGAAUUCAUGUGAUGAGAGACUGGGUGUUGACCACGUAUAUAGUCAGUACGGAUCAUAUUUACCAAGGCACACUCUGGCUGGUGUAUAUAAAAACAUCAAGACGUCUCCAAUUCG